CCAUUCCACCCCUCCCCACCCUCGAGCAUGCUCCCCAAGACUUCCCGAGUGCGGCCGCUCCAGAAGCGUCUGCUCGGCGGAAGGUCAUUCAGCUCGGCGGCACACGCGACGCGAAGCUGACUCUGACUGACAGUCUCGUAGAGCCUAAGAAGCAAUGCUGCCCAAAAUUGGUCUCGGGGCUGCAGCUGGCCUAGCGGUUGCCGUCGUGGGGGUCCCUGUGGCAGUGGGAAUGCUGGGUUUCACCGGAGCGGGAAUUGCAGCCUGAUCUGCAGCAGCGAAGAUGAUGUCUGCAGCUGCCAUUGCCAACAGCGGAGGAGUGGCGGCUGGGGGUGCCGUGGCCACCUUGCAGUCAAUUGGAGCAGCGGGUCUGUCAUUCGCUACAAAAGCUGCCAUAACAGCGGGAGGAGGAUUGCUGGGUGCCAUUCGGAAAUGAAGGAUGCAAAGAGAGCAGUUCUCUUUGCCCUCUUGUAAGUCCAAAACUGAAUCCUUCCCCCUAGAUAUGCAGAAAUGUGCAAUGCUUGACUUGCAUUAGGAACACUCCCAGGAUGUGCUCUGCUCAUGUCUGUGCUCUCCAAUGGUUUUGCUAAAACCAGUAAA